CUGUGGAGGACAAGGGGGUCUUUGCCAAUGAUGCAGCUCAGCAACUCCGGACUUUCCCCAGCAGCAAGCCAACUACCCCUCACUCCUCCUCUUCUUCUUCCUCCUCCUCCUCCUUCCUCCCUUUGCCAUAUCCACCCACCCAUCCACCCACCAGCCCACCCUCUCUCUGCCUUCCCAACACACACACACACACACACACACACACACACAUACACGCAUGCACUCAAUCACGAAUGCACAGGGAUUGCAGCAACAGCAGCGGCACAGCGAGAUGGAGAUCUCCGCUGCGCGUGUGAGUGCCCAUUCCCGCUGUCACCGCGCCGGCUGCCUCUCUCCCGGUCCCCCCGCAGCCCGCGAGAGCUGCUCCAGCGGCUGGACCGUACCCCGGCACCCAGCGACUGCAUGGAUGAUCACCGGCUCGACAGGGGAUCUGCGCGUUCUUGUCCUUUGCACCUCUGAUCUGUUUCUCAAGGAAUUAUGGUGAGCAAAGAAGACAGUAAAUACGUCCUCUCAAUAUCAGAUGAAUCCGAUUCAGAAACAGGCCUAUCACACAACCUUGAUGCGCAGUCCGGACCACUAUCAGGCAAGCAGCAGGUAAAGAAGAGAAACAAGGCCUUACAAGUGCGUUUCAGGGACAUUUGUGAAGCUCAGAAUGAGCAUCGGGGAAAACGCUCCAGAUCCAUUUCCUGCAAAGUGACGCAGAGAAAGUACAUGACCAUGCCGGCUAGACGCUCUAUUCCAAACGUGACGAAGAGCACGGGUGUCCAGACGUCGCCCGACCUCACCAAGCGAUACAAGACUUUCCCUUUUGAGAGGAAAAAGGGACAUACUUUUAAACACACUGCAUUGGUGGAAGAUUAUAAGAGACAAAACAAUGGUUUUUUGAGUGACAUAAAGACGGAGGGAGAGGAUGGGCGACCUUUGGGGGACUCCUCCGAGUACAAAGGGGAGAUUGUGGGCCAGACAACAGCACUGCUUCACCACUCCGACGGCAGCAGUGACACCGAGGAUUUGCUUUCCAGCGCCAACUGUGUGGACGAACCCGCUCGUCCAGAAUCGUCACAAUUCAAAGAGUGUCACCCGAGCAGCCCUGCAUCCAAGACAGAGACCCAGCACCAGGUCAGUGGGACCAGGACCAAACACAAAGGAUUACCCAAAGAAGACACGGACGGCGGCGGCAUUUCUUCGAAGCGCCAGCUGGCUAACUCAGAGUUAUCGCAGAGCAAGCCAAAGGGUACGGGCCCUGUUGCCUGGAACUCUUUGACAGAGGUGGAGUCUUCGGGAAGCCCGUCUGCGAGCUGUAAACGGAAAAAGGGCGCGCAGCUUAGCGAACAGCAGUCGCAGACACUUCCCCAUAGUGCCAAAUGCUCCGCGCAGUCCCAAGGGCAGUGCCGAACGAGGCACGCGUCGGCCUCCUCUAAACUCCAGCAAACGGGUGGUGGGGAUGAAGGCUUUCCUGCAAGAGACACAGGAGCCGCGGGCAUGAGGAGCAGCCAGCAGAUAAUGCCCUUAUCUGGAGACAAGGAUAUCAAAGCACAGCUGCAGGCCAUGGAAAACCUCAUCAGCUCGAGCCAGGAGACCAUCAAAGUCCUACUUGGAGUCAUUCAGGAGCUGGAGAAAGGUGAAGCACAGAGAGAGGGGCUCACCUACCGAACAGGACAAGACACAGCAAAUUGUGACACUUGUCGAAACAGCGCAUGCAUCAUUUACAGGGUGCAUUCGGGUUUCGUAGCACAGAAGAUCAAAUAUUAUAGAUGGAACAGCAGCAUCGUAUGUGGGACUAAAGCAAUGCACCCGCCGUGUAGAGGAGCGAAGAAACGUCCGAGAUGAGUUUCUCCUUUUCUACCUCACUGAUCUUAUCUUGUGCCAACUCUGUGUGUCGGUGAAGCAGCUCGGCUUAAUUAACAACCUGAACGAUGAACGAUUUCUGAUGGCAAACAAACUGCCCCCAGUCUGCUGUCAGUAAACCAUAGCAUGUGGUAAGGUAAUGAAAUCCCAUUGAAGACACACUCUGCGGAGUACUAAUAAUGUGGAAGAUUAUCUUUUCAUCUGUGCUCCGUUUCAUUAAAUGUUGUUUAUUUCAGAUCACAGUUGGCUUAUAAGUCAGUGAAUAUAGCGGAGUCUCUUGGCAAGCAAGGCAGCACACUGUCACAGUCCUAUCUAUUUCUGCCCAAGCAAUUGUCAUGAAUAUCCUAAAUUCUGCAAAAAGGGAUUUUUAGUAAUCACCAGCAACACAAACCUUCCAAAACCAAUCAAUGUUUUUAGAGAGAAAAACAAAAAUUCAUGACAUUAUUGUUGCCCCCUUCAUCUUUCAGAUGUGCGUUUUACUGUUAAAUACAACUAUCAGAAUCAGUAACUAAACUACUUCACCUCAUUACCAAAACCGGCAGCCCUGUAAUUGUAAUAGUCAAGUGAAACUACAAUCGGGCUGAACAGUUACCCCUCGGCGACUGACGACGGAGAUUAGCAGCCGCUGAGAUGCAGCACUUCAUUUUUAGAGCAGUCAGCAUCUCCAGUGUGUCCGAUAAAUUCAAGACUUGAGUAGUUGCUGAGCUCCGGUGGUCAAUCUUUAGGUUCUUAUCGAGACUUCGGCUAAGCCCUGACAGUCUCUAACCACACUCCAGUUACGUCAGGGCAACAGAUAGGGCCAACAUGAGAAAGACAGAAAGGCUGGAUGUACCAUAAAAUAAGAGAAUAGCUACUGUGACACCAGAGGAAAAGGGGGAUUCCAUGAGGACCACACUACAAAAGAGUCUUUCCUAUAUCUCUGGUGACUUCUAGUUAUGCAGAUUGUUUCAGGCUUUACUUUGUUAAUGAGAAAUUGCGUGUUGGCCCUAAUUUUGGCACGUUAGACAGCUCUGAAAGCUAUGGAAUAUGCAUGAGGGCCUGCUGGCAUCGCCAAGGAGAAAAGAUCAGUCAGGGGCACAAAUCCGAGCGGUGGCAUAUUCAAAAUACUUCAUCGUUACAGCCGAGAAUAUAAAAUGGUGUGUAAAAUAGUUAAAUUAACCUCUACUUGGCCUAAAAGGUCGGAUCAAUAAAAUCACUUGGAUGGAGGAUUCAUUAGCAGUUUAGCUUUGUUUCAUCAAAACACCUUAUCUUCUUUCAUAAAAUCGGUAAACAAACCAUACAAGUAAGUCUACUGAGGCCAAAUGACAGCUUCCCAUACAAACAGGGAGAAUUAUAAUAUCUUAACCAAACUAAAUGGUUCAGAUUUUAAAACAUCCUUAUGAAUUGAAACAAAGUCUGCCUGGCUAGAUAUCACAGGAGCAAGAUCUUUCUUUUUUAUCAGUAUUAGUUGUUGUAGUACUAGUAGUAUUAUCUGAAGCCAGCUUCAAGUGGCCUUCCACCGAUUAAACCAUGAGUGCACAGCAGGUGAGCCCGGUUUAACAAACGUACUCAGAUCAAAGCCCUCAAGGAUUGUAUUCCUAUUUCGUGUGCCGCGCUGAAAGAAAAACUAGCUUUUUAAUCAAAGCGUAGUUGUUUCCAAUUUGGAACUAACAAUGACUUUGAACAACAGUUAAGUUCAGGGAAGCAAUAUGAUGAGAUGCAAGGAGCCAAUUAGCACUUGUAACCCGUGCUGAGAUGGUGGAGCUGUUUUUUCUUUGGUAAACAAUCAAGUCGAGACUGUUUAUUCUGUUUUGUUCUCAUUAACGAAUUUGGGUGUUUCUUGUGCAUGAAAUUGGAAGGAUGCUUAAUAGACAAUAACAAUGGCUUCCAUAUUUGAUAUAUACACGACAGGGAAAUAUUCUGCAUCUGAUCAGCAUGACGCGCAGGGGGGUUCUGGUUAACUGGUCAGUGGAGGAAAUAACUGAGUCUCUCACAGAUAUUUCAUUCUGCACCACUCAUCUCUUCAAGUGGAGAUUUCAAACUUUGAACGACCAAAAUGGAAAAUCACAAGAGGGGGGAUUUACUUUUGACGCCGGCAGCAGAAAGAACAGAGGUAAAAGCAAGAAGACAUCUCACCGCGGCAUGAAUCCCUCCCAGGUACAACAAUCAUUGAACAGGCGCUCGGCACACCACGGCCACAGACAAACAAACGGCUCGCCGCUGUUCACAGCGACAGCUAAUCACGCUGCGGCGCUAAAGAGAUGAUUCAUCUGCUUUGCUGAAUGUCCCAGAAAGAAAAGCCUCCCUGUCUCCAGCUGCUUCAACCUGCUUUAGCAGGCAGACGAUCUUAGGUACAGGGCUUUUGUUUGCAGAGGGCCCCUGCGUCGUGCAGCGCUGCCCACCGUGGCAUCUCGCCGCGGCGUACGAGCGAUUGCAGUGAUCUGCCGAGUGAUUAAUUGCUUAAUGAUUGCUGAGGCUAUUCGGCGCUGCGCUCCGCUGUGACUCGGCUCUGCUUUCUGUCAAGUCGACAUUCUUUAAACAGCAGUGGUGAACUUAGUUUUUCCCAGCAUGAAACAAAAGAUGCAAAUAGAGGUAAAGGCUGGAGGAAAGGAAAUAAUUGCUGAUAUGAAUAAGAGAUGUGCGCAUCACUUACAGCAAGAAAAAGCAGCUCCAUCUAAGAUAAAGGCUUCGGUGUAAUCUCAAAAAGAGGUGUUUACUUGGAAAUGUGGAAAAAGCAGCCAAGAACAAACGAACAAAGCAAUAUCUAAAAGAGGUUUUGUUGUGAUACAGCAAAACACGGUUGAAAGUACGUUUUAAUAUUAAUAAUGAGGCGUUUCAAGCGGCCAAAGACCCUUUUUGACUUUCAUGUAAUCGAGCGUUGAUUCUUUGAUAAUCGAGCAUUGAUUCUUAGUCCCCACCUGCCAAAAUACUGUCCAGCCCUCCACGCGUUUCCCCCCCUGAAGGCUUUAAUAGAGCUCUGCUCUUAACUGACACUUAUCUUAAGGGUGAGGACAGUUCCCGGGACUCAUUGUCACUUUGAGUACAGCGCAUCCCUCAGCGAACUAAUUGCGCUGCCCAUCAAAACGUUCACCCUCUCAGGCCAACUUUGUGCCUUGGCGUCUAUUUGUGUGCCGGCGGACAAGGAGGAGAUCACGUAUUUGACCUUCACGCGUCGGACGUCAUCUCUCUCAGCAGCCUCACUCCGCGCCACCUUUAAUCCUUUGCGGGUUUGAACGACAGAAAUAAGCUCCAAAGGUUCGCGGUUUACUGUGCUUACAAAAAUGCUGAAUGAAAUGAAAGCAAAAAAAGCAACAGGACACGUUGGUAUCAGGUGCGGUUUGAUGAAGAGGCUCACUUUGCCAUCCACAUGGCAGAUGAUUUAAUUAUUCUAUUUUCACACGGAUGGCACCGCAAUUUAUUGCAUACGCCAACAAUAAAUACAUUAACAGGUCACUGCAAAUCAAUAGCAGUAGAGUGAAAAGAGAUGGUGUAUAAUAAUAAAUGUAUCCCUUGCUUGAAUGCAGGCAGUUAAUCAGGAUGUGCUGAGCCUCUCGGUGGUUUCAUUUGGAUGGGAUUAAAGCCCUACAUUUAUUCUCAGCCCUGGGAGAUUUAAUCAGGGAGAGAGUUAAACUACGGCGCCGGAAACAAAUCAGACGAUGACCAGCCUGGGAUUACGAUAUGGAGGUCUGAUGUCAGGAGCAACCUACAUUUCGGCUUUUUAUGUAGAUAACCAUAAUCUAUGAGGGAAAAAUCCUCUGCCUGCAUCCAUUAAAAAAUACAGACACAAUGCAGAGUCUAUUACUCGGGGGAGUCUCUAAAAUGUGGGUAUGUGCUGCUAGAGAUAUGUGCUGCCAGGGUGUCUGUCAGUGCAUUUGAGCGGUUCGCCUCCGUCCAAGACUCCAUCUGGACAUCAGUGGACUUCACAUAUAAAAAAAAAACCUAUAUAUAUAUAUAUAUAUAUAAAAGUCAAAAGUUUGGACACACUUUUUACUGGUACCGUAUAUAAAUAAAUACUGAACUAACGUCAUGAAAAUGAUGUCAAAAUCUGCCUCUUC